GGCUCAAAACGAUACAAAGCAGAUCCUGAACGACAGUCAAACGCCAAGAAUUAUCAAGGCUCAUUCCUCAGAAUAGUUCAAAGCAGGGACAAAAACAGUCAAGAUGCAGGCCAAUCAAGAGCAUCUGAGCAUGCUGUCUGACCUUCUUACGCAAUCGCUCUCGCCUCAACCCGAGAUCCGGCAUCCAGCAGAGAAGAAUCUCGACAGUAGCGAGACUCAAGAGGGAUUCUUGUUGCUAGUCUUGAGCUUGGUUAGGUCAGAUGCAGCACCGAUGCACGUCAGACAAGCCGCAGGUGUCUACUUCAAAAACGUCGUCAAGAAACGUUGGACUGAGGACAACGACCUGUCAUCUUUUGACAAGAUGACGGUCAAGUCCCAGCUUGUACCUAUCAUGGUAUCACUUUCCACCACAGGAGCCUCGCGAUUACAGUCUCAGAUCGGUGAAGCGGUUGCCGAGAUCGCCGAGCUCGAUUUUCCAGAGCGAUGGCCUACCCUGAUUGAUGACCUGGUCAACAGCUUCUCUGGUGACAACUUCACGGUUAACAACGGAGUCUUGACAACGGCGCACUCCAUCUUCAAAAGGUGGCGGUCACAGUUCCAGUCGAAUGAGCUGUUCACCACUAUCAAGCUUGUUUUGGAGAAGUUCUGCGUGCCAUAUACUGCCCUCUUCCAGCGUGUCGACGAGUUGUUGACGGCGUAUCCCGCAUCGCCUCUUCCCGGAUCGACGACGAUUCUGGAACUCGCACAAUCGCUCCACCUUCUCAUUGAACUCUAUCACGACCUGAACUGCCAGGACUUCCCUGAAUACUUUGAGGAUCACAACGCCCUGUUCAUGGGCGACGUCAAUCAAGCUGGGAGUGGGUCGCCAGCAGCUUUCGGCCUGCUGGGCAAGUAUCUGCGUUGGGAAGUACCGGAAAUCAUGGGCGAAGAGGAUGACGAUGUUGGUGGACCUGUCCAAGCCAUCCGGGCGUCCAUCUGUGAAAUUGCCGAACUCUAUGCUCUCAAAUACAGCGAAUCUUUCCCUCAGCUGGGCCUGUUUGUGGAGGGCGUCUGGAGGAUUUUGAGCUCUGUCGGAAUGGGAACGAGGGACGAUCAGUUCGUGGUCAAAGCGUUGGGCUUCCUCUCCGUUGUCGUGAAGAUGGGUAGCCAUAAGCAGCUUUUCGAAGCUCAACAGACUCUCGAGGAUUUCUGCCGCCUGAUCAUCCUGCCAAACAUGACGAUUCGAGCACACGAGGAGGAAAUGUUCGAAGACGACCCCAUGGAAUUCAUCCGUCAGGACUUGGAAGCUUCGACGGAGCAUGACACCCGUCGUGCCGCUGCCACCGAGUUCACGCGAGCUCUCAUGCAGCUUUUUGAACAGCAGAUCACGAACAUCAUCGGCGGGCAUAUCGAGCGAUUUUUGCAGAUCUACGCCUCAAAUCCUGCUGCCGAGUGGAAGGCAAAAGAUACAGCAAUCUAUCUCCUUACUUCGAUCGCUUCGCGAGGUUCGACACAGCACCAAGGAGUUACUACCGUCAACACUCUCAUUGAUGUGGUGGAUUGGUUCUCGCAAAACGUAUUUGCCGAUCUGCAAGCGGAAUCAUCUGCUGUUCAUCCGAUUCUUCAGGUGGACGCAAUCAAAUACCUUUACACGUUCAGAAACCAGCUCACGAAGGAUCAGCUGCUGUCCGUUCUUCCGUUGCUGGUUCAGCACCUGAAAGCAGACAACUACGUCAUAUAUUCUUUCGCUGCCAUCACCAUCGAGAGAGUCCUCUUCAUCAAGCAGAACGGACUGAUGCUUUUCAACCAAGCCGACGUCAGGCCGUUUGCCGAGAGCAUCUUAAUGGCCUGCUUCACCCAGAUUCAACGGGGAGACACACCCCAGAAGAUCGCCGAGAACGACCAUCUGAUGAAAUGCGUCAUGCGAGUCAUCAUUACGGCUCGACAGAGCUUGAUCCCCUCAUACCGGGCGAUUCUGGAGCGCUUGGUUGCCAUCAUCGGUGAAACCAGCAAGAAUCCGAGCAACCCAAAAUUCAAUCAAUACAACUUCGAGUCGAUCUCGGCGCUGACUCGUUAUGUCUGUGCCGGUCAACCUGAGGCGCUCGGACCGUUUGAAGAGGCCCUCUUUGUGCCGAUCCAGGCGAUGCUCAGUAACGAUGUCGUCGAAUUCAUCCCCUAUGCAUUCCAAAUCUGCUCGCAAUUGCUCGAGCUUCACCCGACAAACGUGCUUCCUCCGGCGUACGAAAACUUGCUUGCGCCCCUGUUGCAUGCUUCCCUGUGGGAGUCUCGAGGCAAUGUACCGGCUCUGGUUCGAUUAUGGAAGGCACUGCUCAUUCGGGGAGGCCCGGUCAUCGCGCAACGAGGCCAUGUUCAAGCGCUUCUAGGUAUCUUUCAAAAAUUGGUCACUUUGAAGGCUACCGACGUCGCUGGGUUGGAACUGGUUGGAGUGAUUUACGAAUCAAUCCCGAUGUCGAUCAUGGCACCAUUCACCAAGACGGUCUUCAUGCUGAUCCUCAACAGGAUGCAAGCCACCAAGUUGCCAGCUUUCCGACAGGCGGUUUCAUUAUUCUUCCUACUUCUUUGCGCCUUGCCCGGAGUCGGCCCUACCGCUGUCGUGGAACAGCUCGAAGCUAUACAACCCGGUUUGAUCGUCAACUUGCUGGAAGGUGUCAUCCUACCGGAAACGCGCAAGACCUCCGCAAAAGACCGCAAGGUAGUCGUCGUCGGCUUGACGAAUCUUUUGACCGAGGGCGACGUGUUGCUACAACCUUCGCUGGUAUCUGCCUGGCCUAUGGUCUUGGAGGCCGCCUUGGACCUCUUCCUGCUGGUACAGGAUCUGAACACCGAAGAGGGCGAUAACAUCGAUCAAUUGGACCCGGAAGAGUCUAGCUUCCAAGCUAGUUUCUCAAAAUUGGGCGCUUCCGAGCCUGCGACGCGGGACCCCCUUGCCCAAAUUCCGGAUGCGAAGUUGUAUUUGAGCUCUCGUCUUGCCGAGACCAGCAGACGUCACCCGGGCAAGGUCCAGGAAUUGAUGAAGCCUUUACCCGAAUCCAGUGUUCAGGCCUUUACGUCGUUCAUGUCCAGCAACUCGCAUCAAUUGGCUUGAUCUGAACACCACAUCUCAUUCCUUGUUGAUCGAACCAAUUUGGCCAAGUCAGGCCGUCAUAACGAACCGUAUCCUCCUCCACUUGGGCAAUCCUACGCCUAACGCUUGACGAUAUUCUUGCCUUACCAUUCUGUAUUAUAAAAUUCUCUCCUACAUUCCGACAAACAUAUAGCAUGAAUCGCAUGAUCG